CAGGCUGUGGCACUGCCAUCUCUCCACACCACAAAACAUGCCGGGCACAUGAGGCAACCGGGUCAUAGGGCACAGUCUCUCGGGCGCAGAGCACAGUCUCCGGGUCACAGGGCGCAGUCUCCCGGGCGCUGCAGUCACUAUGGGGGGAGGUUCCUCCUGACAGUUUCACUUUCACUUUAGGAGAAACAAACGGUCACACAGCGGCGGGUGAGAGAGCGGGAGGAUCCGGGUCACCAUAGCUCAGCCCGGAGCACCCCAGCGUCCUGCGCCCAGGUAUAUUGCUGGGAUCAGUGAUAUACAGACAGCGUUGGCUCCUGAGGAAGCUGGAAUAUUUAAACCAGCGAAACGCGUUGAGCUUCAUUUCUAUUGGGACACUCAAUACCACCAUCUCCACUGGCUCCACGGAUACUCCGGUGCACACCAUUUGGGACAUCUUUUAUCAGCAGAAUCCACCUUCUGGACCCAAUCCUCCAUGCCAAGAGGACAAACCUGAUCCAGCCACACACCAGGUGGAUAUUACCUGCUCUUAGAACACUGGUAUAACAGAUGUACCCCCAUGUGUGAGAGUCGCCCUGUUUAAUCCCCAUCACUAGGCCGAAUGCUGCACGUAUCCCUGCACUGUCACAACGAGUUGGGUCGCUGGUCCUUGCAUUCAUCGCCAUGGCCGAUAGCCGGGUGAUACAAGUGUCUGGACUGCCAGUGCGCCUCUACGAUGAUGACCUAGUGCGAGAUAAGCUAUUAAUUCACUUCCUGCGCUCCAAAAACGGAGGUGGGUGUGACUUGGAUGUCCGUUACCCCACGGAAGAGGAGGGCGUGGCCACGCUGACCUUUGAACAGGAAGAAGUGGUGAAGAGGAUGCUGGGCAAGAAGCACACGCUGGAGAUCAGUGACUGUACUUACCCGCUGACAGUGAGGCAGCCACUGCGCCACGGCUCAGAGUUUUCCCUGCCCAUUAGAGCGGCCUUAAGCCUGAAAUAUUUCAGUGACGUUCUGGAGGUAACGAGGCUCCUGAGGGAAAGCAAUCUGCGCAUAUCUGAAAAAAGCCGAGGCACGAGGCUCUACAUUGAAGGGAAUUUCCAUGAUCUGAGACAGUGCCGUGAUAAGCUGUAUGAGAAAUUAGGUGGUCACCUGCUCCGUACACCUAAUGGCGAGGAGACGCCAACACCCAGCUCCAAGUUCCAUCAUACGUCAGCAGAUACGGAGAACAGACCACCCAGGCACAACAACCCCCCUACUAAUGUGACCAAUAGCAGGAGAUCAAAAAAUGCCUCGGAGGUAGCGAAUGACUACGACCUGAAUAGCUCCGCCUCCAGACAACAUAAAGGCGACUUUAUAAAACCAUCCGCCAACAUCUCCUACACGAAGGCAGCGAAUGAGUCCCUCUCACCAUUGCCCCGUGAUAAGUCGUCCACACCCACGCAUACAGAAAACGUCCACGCCUCCAGCGCAGUCUCUCGCAGCUUGUAUUUGGAUGCGGGAGUCUACAGCUACGUAAUGACAUUUGAAAGAUCUAUGAUUGACAAUAUUCUCCGUUUCUGUUCUCUAGAUAUGACACUAGAGGAUUGUGGGAACUGUAUCGGGAUCACACUGACGGCAAAGUCUCCAUAUAGCAGCGCUCUCUUACAGUAUGGCCUGGAUAAAAUGACAAAGCUGUUUGCCUGUUACGAAGCUAACCUCCACAGAGACUGCGUCAAGCUGCCCGUCAUUGCGGGGUCAUCGAGAGAAGAAGUAGCCAAGAGCUUGCAGCGGCAUCUACUGAAACAAGACAUUUACGCAUGGCGAAGUCAGAACUCUCUGAACCUUAUUGGCCCCCCUGACAAAAUCCUAAAAUUUAAGCAGGAAUGGGAAUCUACACAACCCAGGAACGAAAAGAAAAUGUCAAGUGACUCCCACCCCCCCACAGAGGGACCGACAAAUGUGCACAUAGCUCCACAGGGCAAGACUCAGGUGGCCGACGGGAAGCCGAGAGCGCGGGAACCCAGUCAGGGGCCUGCUUCCCGGGGGAGAGGUAUCCCGCAAGAGGUGAAUCGCAGAGGAGCACCCUCCGCCAGCCCCCAAAAACCACAGUGGAGAUGAGAUGAACAAUACUGGAGCUUAUUAAGGGCUGUUAUUUAAAUGACAUUCUAGAAUAUAGUUUAUUUUUACUAGCACGACCCCUUGCACUGACUGCGCAGUUCUCUGCACCGACUACCACCUGCUUUCCAGUUACAGCAAUCUGUAAGGACCCCUCCCGCUUACUGCGGAGUGCACGGCUCCCGUCUUAACACCUGCUUUCCAGUUGCAGCAAUCUGUAAGGACCCCUUGCGCUCACUGCGCAGUGCACGGCUCCCGUCUAACACCUGCUUUCCAGUUGCAGCAAUCUGUAAGGACCCCUUGCGCUCACUGCGCAGUGCAUGGCUCCCAUCUAACACCUGAUUUCCAGUUACAGCAAUCUGUAAGGACCCCUCACGCUCACUGCGCAGUGCAUGGCUCCCAUCUAACACCUGCUUUCCAGUUGCAGCAAUCUGUAAGGACCCCUCGUGCUCACUGCGCAGUGCAUGGCUCCCAUCUAACACCUGAUUUCCAGUUG